AUGAAGAAUCAUCAUUCCUUAAUGCUUUUAUGCAUUGUUAUGCUUGUAAUUUGUCAAAAUUUAGGCAAUGUGGAAGGGAGGUAUCAUUUCCACAAGAAGCAAAAGAGCAAAACUUCAAAUAUAGUUUCACCUGCCUAUGCACCAAGUCCUGAAGACCCUAUUUCCCAACCUCCUGAUUAUCCUCCACCAGUUCCUUCUGACCAGAGCUAUGCUCCGGCCCCGUCUGACAUGAGUGAUCCAGGAAACUCGACCACCGACUGCAUUUUCGACGUUAGGUCUUUCGGGGCGGUUGGUGAUGGUGACAAUGACGACACUGCCGCCUUCCGGGAUGCUUGGAAGGAAGCCUGUCAAGUGGAAUCAGGUGUUGUUUUGGUUCCAUCAGAUGGCACUUUCAUGAUCACUUCAACAAUUUUUUCAGGCCCUUGUAAAUCAGGACUAGUUUUCCAAGUGGACGGGGUACUAAUGCCGCCUAAUGGACCGGAUUGCUGGCCAAAAUCAGAUAGCAGUAAGCAAUGGCUAGUGUUUUAUCGGCUCGAUGAUAUGACUCUCACCGGUACCGGAACAAUUGAAGGCAAUGGCCAAAAGUGGUGGGAUCUUCCUUGCAAACCUCACAAGGGCCCUGGUGGAUCGACAUUGCCCGGACCGUGUGAAAGCCCAGCAUUGAUUCGAUUCUUCAUGAGCUCCAAUUUAGUGGUCACGGGUUUGCGAAUCCAAAAUAGUCCUCAGUUUCACAUGAAAUUCGAUGGCUGCCGAGGAGUACUCAUCAAUAGGUUGUCCAUAUCUUCGCCUAAGCUGAGCCCGAACACGGAUGGAAUUCACAUUGAGAACACAAAAUCAGUCGGAAUAUACAACUCUGUGAUCGGAAAUGGGGACGAUUGCAUCUCAAUUGGAACUGGUUGUUCAGAUGUUGAUAUCGAAGCCGUUACAUGUGGACCGAGUCACGGUAUCAGCAUUGGGAGCUUAGGGGUGCAAAAUUCCCGCGCUUGCGUUUCCAACAUUACAGUUCGCAAUGCAAUCAUAAAAGACUCGGACAACGGACUCAGAAUCAAGACGUGGCAAGGAGGGUCGGGGUCGGUGACAGGCAUCUGGUUCGAGAAUAUCCAGAUGGAAAAUGUCAGAAACUGCCUUAUUGUCGAUCAGUACUACUGCUUAUCAAAAGCUUGUAGGAACCAAACCUCUGCCGUUUACUUGACGGAUGUGACAUACAGAAACAUAAAGGGGACUUAUGAUGUAAGAAGUCCUCCAAUACAUUUCGCCUGUAGUGACAGUGUCGCCUGCACGAACAUUACAAUGUCGGAAGUCGAGCUGCUGCCCUAUGAAGGUGUAUUGGUCGAUGACCCUUUUUGCUGGAAUGCAUAUGGUACUCAAGAGACAUUAACUAUACCUCCAAUCGAUUGUUUACAAGACGGAAUGCCCCAGUCACUGGCAGAGAAUUCCCUAUAUGACUGUUAA